UGCUUAGACAGAGGAAGCCAAUUGCAUACCCUCUCGCAAGUGUUCUCGCACACUCCAGAUUCCCGAUUCGCCAACACACCAUCUCUUCCCCAAUUUUCCCUCCAUUAACGAGCUUUUUAAGCAGCUCAAAUAAUUCCACUAUUCAACCUCUUCCCCCUUCCCACAUCGCUAAGCCGAAGCGGAGCCUAAUUUAAGCCGGAAUCAGUAUUUUAUAUUUAAGCAGUUCGAAUUGUUUGCUGGCGAUCGCUCAAACUCGGUGAAAAAACCCACGAAUUUGCCAAGUAAAAAUAGUCCCUGACAAGUAAUGAGCUAUCUCCAUGUCAGCUGCUGAUUCAUGGAUUCAGAUUACCAAAAGUUUGGAAGAGGGCCUAGAGAACUUACAGGUGCUGUGGAUCUUAUAAGUCACUACAAGUUGUUACCUCAUUAUGAUUUCUUCUGCAAGAGGUCACUUCCUGUGCCAAUAGCAGACACCCAUUAUCUUCACAAUGUUGCCGGAGAUACAGAAAUCAGAAAGGGGGAGGGGAUGCAAUUGGGUCAGCUCAUUCAGAAUUCUUCUUUAUCUAGAGAAACUAAUACACGUAUACAACCUUUUGACCUAGAUGUUCUUAGGGAAGCCUUUCAGCUAAGGGAAACGGCUCUAGUAGAUCUUCCUUCUUCUGAGAAGGGCACUCCCACCAUUGCUGGGAAAUCAAAGAACGAGUCUAAAGAUAAAGAGAAGAAACAUAAGAAGCAUAAGGACAAAGAUAAGGACAAGGACAGAGAGCACAAAAAGCACAAACAUCGGCAUAAAGAUCGAAGCAAAGACAAGGACAAGGAGAAGAAAAAAGAUAAAAAUGGUCAUCAUGAUUCUGGAAAUGACCACUCAAAAAGACAUCAUGAGAAGAAAAGGAAGCAUGAUGGAGAUGAGGAUGACGGUGAUAUUCAUAAACACAAGAAAAGUAAGCACAAGAGCUCGAAGAUAGAUGAUAUGGGAGCAAUAAAGGUUGCAGGGUGAAAAAUGGUGGUUGAUCUUUAAAUUUCUCAUCAGAUGUUGGAGUUGAUAAUAGAGGAAUUCUUACUUAGUUAUUUCAAGUUAUCUAAGAGCUUUAUUUGGACUUACUAAAGAAUGCCAAGAAGUGAAUCCAAGGUGUGCACAGCUUGCAGAUUUGGUUGAAUACAUGGUAAUGAGAAUAGGUGGAGAUAGGAUUUGUCUUCUAACCCUUAACUGCAGUAACUUAUUUGUAAGGAUGUGGCGAUGUGUAUCAUUCAAUUAGUUACAGAUAGAUUAGAAAUGCAAGCCUUUUGAUGUGUAAUAGAAGUUUAAUCAAUGAAUAAAUGACACUUAGUUUAAAAAAUACAGUAAUAAAAUAGCUUUCUUCCGUCCGCUACUAA